UCACUUCAUCAGAGAGGGGGAUGCCUGCAACGGGAAAGAACGGUUAGUGCGAGUCGCGACUCGCGACGUAGAAGUUCGCGGGAGAAAUUGUGUAUACUGGUUGCAAAAUGGCCACGUCCGACUCCAAAGCGCCUUUACGAACUGUAAAAAGGGUCCAAUUUGGCAUUAUUUCUCCCGAUGAAAUACGUCGGAUGUCCGUCACAGAUGGCGGCAUUCGUUUUCCAGAAACUAUGGAAGGUGGUAGACCCAAGUUGGGUGGACUUAUGGACCCAAGGCAAGGUGUUAUUGAUAGAAACUCGCGGUGUCAGACAUGUGCUGGUAACAUGACAGAAUGUCCUGGGCAUUUUGGACACAUAGAUUUGGCCAAACCAGUCUUUCACGUUGGUUUUAUAACGAAAACAAUAAAAAUAUUGAGAUGCGUUUGUUUCUAUUGCUCCAAAUUACUUGUUAGUCCACACAAUCCAAAGAUCAAAGAAAUUGUUAUGAAAACUAAAGGUCAACCACGUAAACGGCUUACAUUUGUUUAUGAUCUAUGUAAAAGUAAAAAUGUCUGCGAGGGUGGUGAUGAAAUGGAUAUCAACAAAGAAAAUCAAGAGCAACCGCCUGCAGAAAGAAAACCAGGACAUGGAGGUUGUGGUAGAUACCAACCUAAUCUCAGAAGAUCAGGCUUGGAUGUUACUGCAGAGUGGAAACAUGUAAAUGAAGAUUCUCAAGAGAAGAAAAUUGCACUCACAGCAGAGAGAGCAUGGGAAAUAUUAAAGCACAUUACAGAUGAGGAAUCAUUCAUUCUGGGUAUGGAUCCAAAAUUUGCUAGACCAGAUUGGAUGGUAGUAACUGUUUUACCAGUUCCACCGCUGUCUGUAAGACCAGCAGUUAUUAUGUAUGGUUCAGCAAAGAAUCAGGAUGAUUUAACACACAAACUAGCGGAUAUCAUAAAGGCAAAUAACGAAUUAAUUAGAAAUGAGCAAGCCGGAGCAGCUGCGCACGUUAUAUCCGAGAAUAUAAAGAUGUUACAAUUUCAUGUAGCAACAUUAGUCGACAAUGAUAUGCCUGGAAUGCCUAGAGCAAUGCAAAAAUCAGGAAAACCGCUUAAGGCCAUUAAAUCUAGACUGAAAGGUAAAGAAGGGAGAAUUAGAGGUAAUUUGAUGGGUAAACGUGUUGAUUUCUCAGCUCGUACCGUCAUCACACCAGAUCCUAACUUACGGAUCGAUCAAGUCGGUGUGCCUCGCAGUAUCGCCCAGAAUUUAACAUUCCCAGAAAUUGUAACACCUUUCAAUAUUGAUAAGAUGCAAGAACUUGUCAGGCGUGGAAACUCCCAGUAUCCGGGAGCAAAAUAUAUCGUCAGAGACAACGGAGAAAGAAUAGAUUUGAGAUUUCAUCCAAAGUCAUCCGAUCUGCAUUUGCAAUGUGGCUACAGAGUAGAGCGUCAUAUUCGCGAUGGUGAUUUAGUGAUCUUCAAUCGUCAGCCGACACUCCACAAAAUGAGUAUGAUGGGGCACAGAGUGAAAGUUCUGCCUUGGAGUACAUUCCGUAUGAAUCUCAGUUGUACGUCACCCUAUAACGCCGAUUUCGAUGGCGACGAGAUGAACUUGCACGUACCACAAUCGAUGGAGACUCGUGCGGAAGUAGAAAAUAUUCACGUGACGCCUCGACAAAUUAUCACUCCACAAGCUAACAAACCAGUCAUGGGUAUUGUACAGGAUACACUCACAGCUGUAAGGAAAAUGACCAAAAGGGAUGUGUUUAUCGAAAAGGAACAAAUGAUGAACAUUCUUAUGUUCUUGCCCAGUUGGGAUGGAAAAAUGCCACAGCCCUGUAUAUUGAAACCAAAACCUUUAUGGACGGGCAAACAGAUUUUCUCCUUGAUUAUACCAGGUAACGUGAACAUGAUCAGGACUCACAGCACACAUCCAGAUGAGGAAGAUGAUGGUCCGUACAAAUGGAUAUCCCCUGGUGACACCAAAGUCAUGGUAGAACACGGAGAACUUGUCAUGGGUAUUCUCUGUAAAAAGACUCUGGGUACAUCUGCCGGGUCUCUGCUUCACAUUUGUAUGCUGGAGCUGGGUCACGAAGUUUGUGGACGGUUUUAUGGAAAUAUUCAGACUGUAAUUAACAACUGGUUGUUAUUGGAAGGUCACUCUAUUGGUAUUGGAGACACUAUUGCCGAUCCUCAGACCUAUCUCGAGAUUCAGAAAGCGAUCAAGAAAGCCAAAGAAGAUGUAAUAGAGGUGAUUCAGAAAGCUCAUAACAUGGAACUGGAACCGUCUCCUGGUAACACUUUGAGGCAGACUUUCGAGAAUCAAGUAAACAGGAUUCUAAACGACGCUCGUGACAAAACUGGCGGUUCUGCAAAGAAAUCUCUGACUGAAUACAACAAUCUAAAAGCUAUGGUGGUAUCAGGUUCAAAGGGAUCCAAUAUUAAUAUCUCUCAGGUUAUUGCUUGCGUGGGUCAGCAAAACGUUGAAGGUAAACGAAUUCCAUUCGGUUUCCGGAAGAGAACGUUGCCACAUUUCAUCAAGGACGAUUAUGGUCCCGAGUCCAGAGGAUUCGUCGAGAACUCGUACCUAGCCGGUUUGACGCCAUCCGAAUUUUAUUUCCACGCUAUGGGAGGUCGUGAGGGUCUUAUCGAUACGGCUGUAAAGACUGCAGAAACUGGAUACAUUCAGCGUCGUCUGAUAAAGGCUAUGGAAUCUGUGAUGGUGCACUACGAUGGAACAGUACGGAACUCUGUAGGACAACUCAUUCAGUUGCGAUACGGUGAAGACGGUUUAUGCGGUGAAACUGUGGAAUUCCAAAACUUGCCCACUAUUAAAUUAAGCAAUAAAUCAUUUGAAAAGAAGUUUAAGUUCGAUCCAACCAACGAACGUUACCUACGUCGUAUCUUUAAUGAAGACAUAGUCAGAGAGAUGAUGGGAUCUGGAGAAGUAAUUUCUGAAUUGGAGAGAGAAUGGGAGCAGUUAAACAAAGAUCGCGGUGUGCUUAGAGAGAUUUUCCGUAGCGGCGAAUCCAAGGUGGUAUUGCCUUGUAAUUUACAGAGAAUGAUCUGGAAUGUACAGAAGAUUUUCCACAUAAACAAACGAGCACCCACCGACUUAAGUCCUAUGAGAGUUAUACAAGGUGUAAAGGAUCUCCUAGAGAAGUGUAUCAUUGUAGCUGGUGACGACAGACUCAGCAAACAAGCAAACGAAAACGCUACAUUGCUAUUCCAAUGUUUAGUGAGAUCUACUUUAUGUACAAAAUGUGUUUCUGAAGAAUUUAGGCUGUCUGGUGAAGCCUUUGAAUGGUUGAUUGGAGAAAUUGAAACGAGAUUCCAACAAGCACAGGUAUCACCUGGUGAGAUGGUAGGUGCCUUGGCCGCUCAGUCGCUCGGUGAACCAGCUACUCAAAUGACAUUGAACACUUUCCACUUCGCUGGUGUAUCAUCGAAGAACGUAACCCUUGGUGUACCCAGGCUAAAGGAAAUUAUCAAUAUCAGUAAGAAGCCAAAGGCUCCUUCGUUGACUGUGUUUUUGAUCGGCGCUGCCGCAAGAGACGCGGAGAAAGCGAAGAACGUUCUCUGUCGUCUGGAGCACACCACCCUAAGGAAGGUUACCGCAAACACUGCAAUCUACUACGAUCCAGAUCCGCAGAACACUGUGAUUGCGGAGGAUCAAGAAUUCGUAAACGUCUACUACGAAAUGCCUGAUUUCGAUCCCACUAAAAUAUCGCCAUGGUUACUUCGUAUUGAAUUGGAUCGAAAGAGAAUGACGGAUAAGAAAUUGACCAUGGAACAAAUAGCAGAAAAAAUUAACGCUGGCUUUGGAGAUGACUUGAACUGUAUAUUCAAUGAUGACAAUGCUGAAAAAUUGGUCUUGCGAAUUAGGAUAAUGAAUAGCGACGAUAAAUUCACAGGAGACACGGAGGAGGAAACUGUAGAUAAAAUGGAGGACGACAUGUUCCUCCGAUGUAUCGAAGCGAACAUGCUCAGUGAUAUGACUUUACAGGGUAUUGAGGCUAUAGGAAAAGUGUACAUGCAUUUACCACAAACCGAUUCGAAGAAACGUAUCGUUAUCACGGAAACUGGAGAAUUUAAAGCAAUCGCAGAAUGGUUGUUGGAAACGGACGGAACAAGUUUGAUGAAAGUACUAAGCGAAAGGGAUGUGGACCCAGUUAGGACAUUCAGUAACGACAUUUGUGAAAUAUUCCAAGUGUUGGGUAUAGAGGCUGUGCGAAAAUCAGUAGAAAAAGAAAUGAAUGCUGUAUUGCAAUUUUAUGGUCUUUACGUGAAUUAUCGUCAUCUUGCUUUACUUUGCGACGUUAUGACGGCUAAAGGACACUUGAUGGCUAUUACCCGUCACGGAAUUAAUAGGCAAGACACUGGCGCUCUUAUGAGAUGUUCUUUCGAGGAAACGGUAGACGUUUUACUAGAUGCAGCAUCUCACGCAGAAGUUGAUCCCAUGAGAGGAGUAUCAGAAAACAUUAUAAUGGGACAACUUCCACGUAUAGGAACAGGAUGUUUCGAUUUGCUAUUAGAUGCAGAAAAAUGCAAAGCAGGUAUUGAAAUACCGAUGGCUGUAGGAGCUGGUGUAAUGGGAACUGCUGGAAUGUUCUUUGGCAGUGUUGCUACACCGAGCAUGAGCCCACAAAUGACACCUUGGAUGGGUGCUACUCCAGGCUAUGGAGCAUCCAGCAUGUCACCUGCAUUGGGAAGUGGUAUGACACCCGGAGGUGCAUGCUUCUCGCCAUCGGGAGCAUCAGACGCAUCAGGACUUUCGCCAGCCUAUUCUGCAUACUCACCACAACCUGGUAGUCCAGGAAGUCCAGGACCCAGCAUGAGUCCAUAUCCGAUGUCACCUGCAGGAGGUGCAUCACCUAGUUACUCUCCUACAUCUCCCGCCUAUUUACCAACAUCACCGAGCAUGACACCGUCGAGUCCCAAUUACUCGCCAACGAGUCCUACUUACUCGCCCACGAGUCCAAACUACUCGCCAACGAGUCCAAGUUACUCUCCGACAUCGCCUAGUUAUUCGCCUACGUCGCCAAGCUAUUCACCAACGAGUCCAAGCUAUUCACCAACAUCGCCGAGCUACUCACCGACAUCACCGAGUUAUUCACCGACGAGUCCUAGUUACUCACCGACAAGUCCCAGUUAUUCACCGACGAGUCCAAGUUACUCUCCGACAUCGCCUAGUUAUUCGCCAACGAGUCCAAGCUAUUCACCAACAAGUCCAAGCUAUUCACCAACAUCGCCGAGCUACUCACCAACAUCACCGAGUUAUUCACCGACGAGUCCAAGCUAUUCGCCGACAAGCCCAAGCUAUUCUCCUAGUUCACCAAAUUACACGCCUGCGUCGCCAUCUUAUUCUCCUACAAGUCCAAGCUAUUCACCAAGUUCUCCACAAUAUUCGCCUGCUAGUCCAAGCUAUUCACCGAGCAGUCCCAAAUAUUCGCCAACCAGUCCGAGUUACUCGCCCACAUCGCCGUCAUUCGCUGGAACUUCACCGCAAUAUACACCUGCGAGUCCAACGUAUUCGCCAACAAGUCCAACAUAUUCACCAACGAGUCCAUCGUACUCGCCGAGCUCUCCACAACACACAGCAUCAGGAAGUACACGAUAUUCGCCCAGCAGUCCGAACUAUUCUCCAACCAGUCCAACCUACUCGCCGACAAGUCCUCAAUACUCGCCAUCGAGUACUAAGUAUUCGCCUACCAGUCCGACAUACACACCAACCAGUCCAAGUUACUCACCAACGAGUCCAACGUACUCCCCACCAGUGCCGGGCUACUCACCAACGAGUCCAACCUAUUCCCCGGCGUCACCAGCUUACGAAACAGAUGACUAGGAACUAUUACGAAUAUCUGUAUGAAUGUUUACAACCAAACACUCAGUACGGACUCGAUGUAUGUACGAUAAACUGUAAUUACUGCUGUUGCGAUUCUGAAUUUUCUAAGAUUAUAAAUAUAUAUUUAGUGUAUAAGUCUAUAUGCACAAUUUGUACGACUCUCAUAGUUUGUUACCUAUACGAUUGUAGGUUGAUCGAGGGUUUCAUUUUUUUUACAUUGAAGAGGAGAUUCGAGUACUCAGGAUGAGCAAGAGUAUCAAUCAUGACGACGAAGGGCUAUUUAGGUUCUUACAGGAUAUUAUGGAUUUAAUAUGACGUAGCAAUGGAUGCAAAUGAGGUUUGAUUGAAACGAAUGAAGUACAUUUGAAAGAUCAGUAUUUCAGAGAAGUCAAAAUAUUCCAAUGCCAGUGGAAGGUCCACGUCUUAGAGUCCAAAGCAUCUCGUGAGAAUUAACAGAACCCUCUUUCUUUUUAAUUUUCAUGGGACACAUUUGUCAUUCAUUCAGAAUAUAUUUUUAUUUGUUUAAUUAUCUAUCCAAUGAAUGGAAGGAAGGUCGAUCCAUAUCAGGUUCGUGAGAACGAUGGCUACAUGUGUUGAGGAGAAAAUACUAGACACUUUGUGGGUCUUCCUUGCACUCACCUUGUCUCUGUGCGAGUCGUUCGCGUUCGAUAGAAUAUUGAGUUUUAGUUUGCGUGGAUACUUUUUGAAAACGUGAAAACAGGUUCAAGUUCCGCGUUGAUGUAAGACAGUGCGAAUUACUCUCCGAAAUGAAUAGCUAGAGACUACCUUUGCUUUUCAGGGAGGCAAUUCGAACGUGUUCCUUCUGUUUGCUAUGUUAUGUGUCAUCGACAUAUUCGGCGUCUUUCCAAUUAUUGCGUUCCGCGUGCGAUCGUGAAAUGCGGUAAGUUUUAUUUCUGCUUACCAGAAGACUUGAUUGUCAAUAUAAAAGUCAUUUUAUAGUCGAUAACAAUGACAUUUUUAAGAAAACACCGCGCGACUUUUGUGAAUACAUUUAGUAAAUUAGGAGUAGGUUUACGUUUGUAACAUACACUGGUAUAUAUCGCCCGACGCAUUAGUUUUAUAAGCUACAAUAUUAAUAUAUAUACAUACACACACGCACUCGAUUGUAAGUCUAACGUAAACAUUGUUUCAUAAAAUAUUUUAUUUAAAUUGAAACGAUUUGUAUAAUUGACAUGUAUCACGAGUGAUUAUUGCAAGGAAAGUUUAUGCGAUGAGUGUGUGAGCAAUCGUGAGAGGGAGAGUUAAUUAUUUGAAAAGAAUAAAGUUGAUUAAUUUGUUAAAAAG